AUGACUCCAACGAUCUCAUCUCUGUUUGGUUACAAACCCUGUCGCUCUGAAGCACCAAAGGCCCUAGAGGAACCCCUCAAAGCUCUCCCGGCUUCCUGGUAUCGUUCACCAGAGAUGUAUGAGUUGGAGAGAAGGGCCAUCUUCUCAAAGAAAUGGAUUUUGAUUACUCACAAAUUGCGUUUCGAAAAGCCGGGAGAUUUUUAUCGCUUUGAGGUUGCUGGGUUUUCAUUUGUGCUUUGUCUCGACCGUGAGGGUAACUUAAACGGCUUCCACAACAUCUGUCGGCAUCGUGCGUUUCCGCUUAUCUCCCAAGAUGAGGGCAAUACCCCAAUUCUUUCUUGCAAGUAUCAUGGAUGGUCAUAUGGACUUAAUGGAAAAUUGGCCAAAGCACCCAAAUUCGACAAAGUUCCAGGAUUCAAGAAGGAGGAACAAAACCUAUUCCCAGUUCAUAUUCAUGUUGACGCGCUAGGUUUCAUCUGGGUCAAUCUCGAUUUCUCCCCAACACCAAUCCCCUGGGAAGAGGAUUUCAAAGGCGUGGACACGCAAGAAAGGUUCGGGCAAUUUGAUUUCAGCCGGUAUCAAUUUGACCACACAUGGCAUAUGAAUGGAAAUUACAACUGGAAAACCUUGGCCGACAACUACAAUGAGUGUUAUCAUUGCACUGUGGCCCACCCGGAUGUCGCAAAGCUCGCUGAUCUGUCAUAUUAUUACACAAUAUCGAAGCCUGGACACAUCCAGCAUUUCUCCCGCCCGAAGAAAGACAAAGUGGAAGACGAUAUCAAGAAUGCCAGCACGUACUAUUUCCCAAAUGCUUGCAUGACAGUUUCGCCGCACUUUUUCUAUCUCAUGCGAUGCGUACCAACUUCAGCGGGAACUUGCUCCAUGGAAUACGAAGUUUAUCGGCAUAAGGAAGCCUCUGAUGAAGAUUUUGAGUACAUUGACUCAUUUUUCAAGCGAGUCUUGCACGAAGAUAAACAUCUUUGCAAUGCGGCUCAAAAGAAUCUAGAUGCUGGAGUGUUUGUCAAUGGGCAACUUCACCCAGAACUUGAGAGCGCUCCUUUAUUCUUCCAAAACACUGUGAGGGGCCUCCUCAAAAACCACCGAGACGAGGAAAAACGUGCGAAAAUGGAACUAUGGCCAGCUCGCCAGAGCUCCACGGGUUCGACCACUGCUGACGAUAUUGAGUUCUGUGCGGAACUAGCAUGUAGUGGGAGAUCUAGUAAUCUUGAAUGGUAG